AACACCUCCAUCUCCAAUGCGGCUCCGUCUCCGCCCCAUGGCGGCCGCCGCUGCCGCCGCCGCGGUGGCCUCGCCCAUCAUCCCCUCCUUCCUCCAUCCCUCUCGAAGGUUUUGUCUCAGGCUCUCUCUGUCAAUGCCUCGCUCGACCCAGCGAUGCUUCUCAUCGCGAAGCUGCGUACCUUGCCGGAGACUCACCACUGUCGCCGCCUCUGCGAAAGGUGAUAUUGAAGGCGUCGAGGAGAGAUUCGACGUCAUUGUUGUUGGAGGAGGGCAUGCAGGUUGUGAAGCUGCGCUUGCUUCUGCUCGUCUUGGGGCGCGGACUCUUCUGCUGACCUUGAACAUCGAUCGAAUAGCUUGGCAGCCUUGUAAUCCAGCUGUUGGAGGUCCUGCGAAAUCUCAACUUGUGCAUGAAGUGGAUGCUCUUGGUGGUGAAAUAGGGAAGAUUGCAGAUAGGUGCUACUUGCAAAAACGCGUAUUGAACCUAUCGAAAGGGCCUGCAGUUAGGGCUCUGCGUGCUCAAACUGACAAGAGGGAAUAUGCCAUGGAAAUGAAGAAAGUUGUUGAAAGUACUCCAAAUCUUUUUGUAAGAGAAGCUAUGGUCACUGAAAUUUUGGUUGGUAACAAUGACAAAGUGGAAGGUGUUCAUAGCUUUUUUGGUGUGGACUUUUAUGCCCCUUCUGUUGUACUUACAACUGGCACUUUUAUGAGUGGGAAGAUUUGGGUUGGUAGAGCAUCAAUGGCUGCAGGAAGAGCUGGGGAGUCUGCUUCACAGGGACUCACUGAAAAUUUACAAUAUCUAGGGUUUGAGACUGAUCGGCUGAAAACUGGAACUCCUGCACGUGUUGACCGUCGAACUGUUGAUUUUUCUGGGUUAGAGCCUCAACAUGGAGAUGAACAGGUUAGCUGGUUUAGCUUUGAUCCAGAUUUCCAUAUUGAAAGAGAACAAAUGUGCUGUUAUUUGACACGCACCACUAAAGAUACGCACAAACUUAUUAAAGACAAUCUCCAUGAAACACCCACAUAUGGUGGCUGGGUUGAAGCGAAGGGGCCAAGGUACUGCCCAUCAAUUGAAGAUAAGAUUGUGAGAUUUCAAGAUAAAGAAUCUCAUCAAAUAUUUCUUGAACCUGAGGGCCGGAAUGUUCCUGAGCUUUAUGUGCAGGGAUUUUCAACAGGUUUGCCUGAGAGACUGCAAUUGGCACUCCUGAGAACAUUACCUGGACUUGAAAAUUGUUUGAUGUUGAGGCCUGCCUAUGCUGUAGAAUAUGACUAUUUACCUGCUCAUCAGUGCUCUAGAUCCCUCAUGACAAAAAAGAUUGAAGGGCUUUUCUUCUCUGGUCAGAUAAACGGAACUACGGGGUAUGAAGAAGCUGCUGCUCAGGGUCUUGUUGCUGGAGUUAAUGCUGCUAGGCAUUCAUGUGGAAGUCCUCUUAUUGUUCUUGAGAGGGAAAGCAGCUACAUAGGAACAUUAAUUGAUGAUCUUGUUACAAAAGACCUGCGAGAACCUUAUCGCAUGCUAACCAGUCGCUCAGAGCAUCGAUUGCUACUUCGGUCUGACAAUGCGGAUAGUCGUUUAACACCUUUAGGGCGGGAAGUUGGUUUGAUAGAUGAUAGACGUUGGGAUCUCUACCAAUCCAAGCAGGCGCAUAUCCUAGAAGAAAAACAGCGCCUAAAGUCUGUGCGUGUAUCAGCAGGGGGUGAUUUGGCUGCUGAGGUGACUCUUUUAUCUGGUCAACCAGUCAAAGAUUCUGUCUCCCUUGAAAGCAUUUUAAAGAAACCACAUGUACAAUAUAACGUUCUCGAUAAGCAUGGUUACGGAAACAAUCUCCUGACCAGGAUGGAGAAAGAAUGCGUGGAGAUUGACAUCAAGUAUGAAGGCUUCAUUUUACGCCAACAGAGUCAACUUCAACAGAUUGUAAACCAGCAGCACAGGCCACUUCCUGAUGAUUUGGAUUAUUAUUCAAUGACUACUUUAUCUCUAGAAGCAAGAGAGAAACUCUCCAAGGUGAGGCCACAAACAAUAGGGCAAGCGAGCAGGGUUGGCGGUGUGAGUCCGGCAGACAUUACUGCACUCCUCAUUUGCUUGGAAACGAAUCGGAGAAAAGCAAGCGAAAGGAAAAGACUGAAAUCACAAAGAUCCUUUAUUACCGAUGUGAAUGAUCUUAAUUCUAGUCCGGUUUUGACAUCUCAUGCUGUAAAUUCUAACUAGAUGGUGGACUUGUUAAUGUCCUAAAAAAGCAAUUUCUUGAAUCACAGUUGCGAAACAGGUGAAUUAUCUAUGCGUUUGUUGAGGUGAUGUGUAACAAAGCUUUUAUGAUCUUUGAAUUUUCAGGCUUUUGAUCCCACUGAAAGAUAAGUGGGAAGCCCCCAAAA